AUGCGAUUAUUGCAAGCACCAUGGGUUGACCUGUCUGCGGGUACGUCACCACAAAAUACGGAUCCCUUGCUGUCGGGCCUGGGAGAACUUGUAUGGGGCAGUUCCCAUUCCUCUCCCACGCAGGAUCCUGAUCUACAUUUUCACCAAUCAUAUCUACAAGGUCUUCAGCUUCUCAACGGUCUCCCAUUCUUCAGCGAACAAGGCCAAAAAUGGAUGGCACAGACCGUCGCCGAAUCAACCCUAACGAACAGCAUAACAGAGAGAUUCCAGCAAGACCCAUUACCGAGGACACAGUCUUCGCCACCAAACAGAAUACAUCUUCCACCUUACCAUGCUGUUGAGAGAUUUGCGACCAGAUUCUGCUCGUCGGCGGAAUACUUGGUCUUCCCAGUUCUCAGCCACCAACGCUUACUUAACAAGACACUCCCCCUCGCUUGCUCGAAUGGUCAGUCCGGCACUAGCAGUGCUAGAGCCUGUGUAUUAGCUAUGCUUGUCACUGGGGAUGUCCACGGGCAAGAUCCUAUAGCGGACGGCGCACAGCCCAUCGAGAAGUAUGUGGCGGACGUCGAGGAGUCUUUGUCGGGGAUUCUAAGAGAGGCCACCUUGGAUGGUCUUGAGGCUCUAACGAUGCUGAUCAUAUAUAAAUAUUUCAUUGGCGACCUCGACUCAGCGUCAUUCCUUAUAUCCAUGGCUGGCCGGAUGAUCUUCCAACACGGCGCUUUUAUGCCACCUCCACACAACGAACCAUAUAACAAGGAUAAUCCAGCACAUCAUAUGCGUGAUCUGUUCUGGGUAUGCUAUUGCAUUGACAAAGACCUCUGUCACAGAAUCGGACAACCACCUUCGAUAAACGAUGCACAUUGCGACUUGACCCUCCCUCCGAACUACGCUGAAAUGCAGAAUUCCAAUAUUCUUAGUAUUGGACACGCGUCUAUUUAUGAACCGACCACCGUCCCGUUGUACCCUUGGGAUCUUCGACUAUCAAUCAUCAAAUCGCGGAUUUAUGAAGACCUCUACUCUAUGAGCGCGGCAAGCCAACCGGAAGCUGAAAUAUUAAGAAGAAUUCGGUAUCUGGAUGAGGAGUUGGAGGUUUGGCGUCUUACGCUUGCACCGGAUCACAGACCAACACUUUCGUUUCUUGACAAGACGCCUCUUGAUGCCAAUACGAAUACACAAGCUAUCAUGCUUCGUUUAUCUUAUCAUCAUUGUGUCAUAUUGAUUCACAAGGCACGAUGCAGAAUACUUGGCCCAAUGUCUAGUCUGGUUGGAGACGGCCAUGAGGCUAAUUUCCAGUUGUUGGUUGAUGCGUCCAAGUCAAUCUUGACAUAUCUAGAAAAAGCAUUACCGGCUGUGGCGCACGAAUGUUUCUGGAUCAUCAUAUUCUAUCCCAUGACGGCAAUCUUCACCGUCUUCUCAAUCGCCCUUCUUAACACCCAGACAGGCUACCUUCCAAUCAAUUUGUCUCUUCUUCAAGAUUUCACAAGAGUAAUCAAACAGAUUCCCAUUCGAAAAUUGACCGUCGCGGAAGUUUCGCAUCUGGCAUUCAUACAGGAACUUGUGGAGGAGAUGAGCAGAUUGAUGGUUGCUGCAGCUCAGAAAGCGGGGGUUCAGUAA